UACACUUUGGAAACACGAAUCUCGUUCCAAUGAACUAUGAGGAGGAUUGUGAGGAAGAAGAAGCUAAGAGAUCCUCUAAUUGCGAACUUGAAUUAUAGAUUUAUCUAGGCAUCUUGUCAACGAAUAAGUCAAUUUUGAAAGCCAAUUAUCGAGAAUAUGGUAAAGAGACUAGCACUAUACAAAACGAUCUCCAAGACCAUAAACACUAGUCUUCAUAAAAGAGUGCAGCUUUAAGUUAGUAAAAUGGCGCAAAUUGCCAAGUUUGUCACUCUCCGCCACCGUCUUCUCCACCUCCACCGCCGUUUGAUUCCGACUGAAUUGGCAUCCCGUCCAUACUCCUCCCGCAACGCUGAGACCGAGCCUCCUCCCGAUUUCACCGGAACGAAUGCUUAUGAAAUCCUUGGAGUAUCGCCGGCGAGUUCAUUUGCAGAAAUUAAAGCUUCCUUUCGCAAAUUGGCUAAGGAAACUCAUCCAGACCUUGCUCAAUCGCUAAAUCAUUCAUCCUAUGCUUCCGAUAGAUUCAUCCAAAUUCUCGCGGCUUACGAGAUUCUCUCGGACGCCACCAGGAGAGCUCACUAUGAUCAUUGUAUUUCAUCUCAAAGAAUCUAUGCUGAUGGGAACAAUAAACGAGAUACCAAAGUCUUCAAGUACAACUCACAUCGUCACCCUACAAAUGAGAUGGAAGUUGUUGAAUGGCUGAAAUGGUAUAGGCACACAAUAAAUGACAUUUUGUCUGAAAGAAGAGUGACAUCUGGAUCAGGGUAUUUUGAUCUUCUCGAAAGAGAUUUUUAUGCAGCUGUUCAUGCAGCAUUCUAUGGACCUGAGAUUGACUCUAUGGAUCUCCUUCCUGACCGUUUUGAAGCUGAUGAGAGGUCUGCGUGUACUACAUCAGAGGUGCUACACUUAGUCACUGGUCGAGAUCUUUUUGGCAUGGUAUGUCUAGCUAAAAAGUAUAGUGAAUUAUCAGAUGCGCGCACUGAAAAACUAGCAUCUUCUGCUCUGGGUUCAGUCCAAUUGGCCGAUAAUGUGAGUGCAGAUGAGGAAAAAGAUUUUCAGCGCCAAUCUGUUCGUGCUGAUUAUCAAUCAUCCGACGCGUACAAAGACCUAGAGUUACACUUAUCUGGGAGAGUUGUGGCAAUGGCAAUGAGAGUUCCACCAAAAAGUGAGGAUGUGGAUUCUGAAGACCAGAUACAUGUUUAUCUCACUUACUCCAAAGACCAAUUUCAUGCAAGGGAUCCACAUCCUGGAUAUUCACAUACGGAUUCGUCAGGUGGGCAUAAAAUUCCGCUGGGUGUUAUAAAAGGUUUGGGAACCACCCCUGAAGAAGGAACUUGCUAUCUCUAUGACAAUGGUGGCAUGAAGACUCAUAUGAUUAUGAAGCAUAGAACAUUGCUGGUGAAACACUUGCACUGGUUCCGAAUUGGAGAUGAAGUUUCAGUAUGUGAAUGUAGAUGCAGUCGAGCUCGCUUGCCACCAAGCAACUAUUGGCUGUUUGAGCCUCGAAGUGCUAUGCAUGACAUAGGAGGAUGGUACAUUGAGACAUUUGGAAGAGAUAGAAAAGGAAAAACUGUUCCAGACGGGAGAUAUUGGGAUGGUUCAGAUAGAAAUCCACAGUGCGAGGAGAGACUUCACCCAGCAGUAUACUUGCUUGGUCUGGCCUACAGGACACUAGAUAUUGAGGAUGUAAGAAGAAGGAAGCGGAGACUUAAAGAUAUAGUUGAAUCAGAAAUUUCAAGAGUAGCAACAUGGUUUAGAAAAGUUGCUUAGUUCGUAUACAAGAGUUGUUCGGUGGAUCAUUAUAGCUGAUCUCAAGCAUACAACUUCAGCAUGUCUGUACAUGGAGUCCGACAAGCACUGGAAAUGUAGAUCUCUGAAUGUAACAAAGUAGGACAUACUUUUUCCAGAACAUGACGUGAAGGGCUCUAAGAACAAGUUUACAAAAGUAACAAUGUCUUAACAAAUUAUGGCAUAGGAAUAAGAUCGCAGUCUCUCAAGGAAAUGACAGUCAAUUCUCAUCCAAACAAAGG